AUGCACCACGAGUCCGUCCUCGAAGCCACGGAGAGCGCUGGGUCUAACGUGCUUGUCACUCGCUAUGUCUGCGAGCUGAGCCAGGGCAUCACGGCUCUCGGUAACGCUGCUGCUGGCGGUGACUCGCUGCUGUCCUCGACGCUGGAGAACAUGCUCACGCAAUUGGUGAGCAUCAACGAGCGGCUCGGCCGGCUUGAAGAUGCGCACACCCGGCUGCCUCUUGGUUCUGGCGACGCUCCACCUCCUGCCGCCAGCGCUUCAUUCACUACUGCCGUCGAGCUCUCAGCUCCAUCGCCUACAACAGCGUCGACGCUCGAGGGAUCGCUGCUCAACGGGUAUACUAACCACAUCUGGGAAAGCGUUAAGGCGCUCAAAGCCAGCGGCGCUGUUGUGGACGCUUAUCCACAGCUGUCUGCGUCGCCACUGUCCGCCACGCUGUCGCUGUCCGCUGCCGCCACCGCCACCACACCGCUGCUCACUCCAUGCUGGCCGCAUUCUUGCCUCCGUCGAUCUGCUGCUGUGUCGUUGUCCGCCGUGCUGCCGCGCGCGCCCCGAGUCCGCCGCGCCGCUGUUCGCCGUGCUGCCGCGCGCACUCCGAGUCCCCCGCGCCGCUGCCUGUCGUGCUGCCGCGCGCGCGCCGUAGCUGUCGUGCCUCCGCCUGCGCAUGUGUGCGUGCUGUCCGUCGAGCUGUCCGUCGUGCUGCGCGCGCCGCGCCGCGUGGCUACCUCGAAGAACGCCGAAUGA